AUGUUAAAAUUGAUUGAUAAACUAUGUUAUACUCUCAAAUAGUAAUUAGAAGAAUAUUCUUUGACAAAUGUAUGGAUUUGAAAUUAAAAUAGGAUAUUUUAUAAACCAAUAUAGUGAGGUUUGUAAAAGAUUGUGUAAUUUACAUUUUUCAUAUUCCAAUAGAAUACGAUAUUGAAUAAUAUUUUACAAUUGCAGAGAUUGAUAAAACUAUGUUUAAUAUAUAAUAAUAUUUGAAUUCAAUUUAGAAGAAGAACCAUUUUAAAAAUAUAUUUAUGAAUGAAGGUUUUUAAUCAGGAGAAUAAAGUUCAAGUGAUGAAUAUGAUUCCAUCAUAUAAAAAAAGUCUAAAAUAAACAAGAUAAAUUUAUUAGAACACAAACCAACUGAUAUUACUACAACAGAUAAUGAUAUAACUCAAUUAAAUACUCUUCAGUAGUUAUUAUAUGAAACUAACCUUAAAGUAAUUAAAAGAGAUGAAUAAAUUUUAUAAAUGACUACAAAUUAUUUAAAAGAUAUAUAACAUCUUAAAUUAAUGGUAAAUAUAAUCUUUUAUUUUAGUUUCUAAAGUAACUAGAAAAUCCAGGUACUGAAUUUUAUGAAGUUAAUUAUUUUGAUAUAAAAUAAUCAUUAGAACCUGAAUUAUAGAACUAUAUUUAAGAUAAGUUUAAUUAAUUAUAGAAAUAAUGUUAAUAAACUGUUUAAAGAUAUAAAAUAGAAUUAACUGCUUUAAGUACUGAAUGUGAAUCACAUAAGAGAACUAUUUAAGUUUUAUUAUAAAAUAAUACUUUAUAAUCCAUAAUUAAAAUGUUAUUUCUUAUAGAAAAAGAUCCAUAUAAGAUUUGGAAACAAAUAUAAGAUUAAGUUGGUAAUAAAAUAAUUUUUUAAGUGUUUGAAAAUUAAAUUGGUGGAUAUGGAAUUAAUUAUAGAGAAAUAGAUGAACUUAUUUCUAAAAAUUCAGCUGGAGGUAGAAUGUUUAAUAGAUAAAAAUAAUUAUAUGAAGAAUAAUUAAAAAUUAUGAUAGAUGACAAUAUUUAAAUUAUAUCAAAUAUGAAAUAAGAAAUUAAAAAUAAAGAAUAGAUAAUAGAUGAACUUUUAACAUCUCAUUAAGAAGAUAUCAAUAAAAUUAAUGAUUAAUUUUAAGAAGUCUUAGAAUAAAAAUUAAAAGAAUAAUAAUUUAAUUUAUCAUAAGAAUUUGAGAAAUAAUUAAAAAUUUAAUAAAAAGAUUUAUCUGAUCCUUAAUUAAUAAGAAAAAUUACUUUGAGAUGUGCAUUUACAAGAUGGAUUCAUUAUUCUAAAUUUUAUCAGCUUUUUGUAUCAGAAUUAGAUGAAGAUAGUUUGUAUGAAUUGAAAUAAAGAAUUAAUUAAUAUUUAAAAUAAGUAAAUGAUGAAUUUACUAUAAAAGAUUAUGAAAAAUUAAUAUAAAAUUAUUAGUAAGCUCAAUAUAAUAUAAUAAAACUUGAAUAAGAAAAGAAUAACAAUGAAUAAAAAAUCAAAUCAUAAUCAUUAGAAAUUUAAAAACAUAAAAAUACAAUUUUAAUGUUAUAAUAAACAAUUCAAUCUUUAAAAUAAGAAUUGUAAAAUAGUGAAUCUACUAUUAAAUUAAUAACAAAACCUUUUUGCUCUAUAUUAUAAAAAAUAGGUUAUCCAUCAAAAAUAAAUUUACUAGCCAUUUUAAAAAGUGGAAUUAAUUUAGAUUUUUUAUAAAAUGAGGAUCCAGAAGUUCAAUCUAGUUUAAUUACAUUCUUUUAAUUAUCUAUUUCUUAAUAAAUUAUUCAUUAAAAUAAAUUGAAAAGAGAAGCUGAAACAAUUACUGAGUUUUUUGAUGUAUCAUUAUUGUGUUAAUAUAGAUUAGAUAUCCUAUAUCAUAAGAGUUGAAUGACGAUAGUAAUUACUAAUAAUAAAAUCGAUUCUAAUCUCCAGAUGUACCUCUAAUUUAAUUCCAAAUAACUGAUUAGGCAGUCAGUCCUAAAGAUUAAUUUAAUUUUUAAUAUAUCGAAAAUAAAUUCCCUUUAAAAGCAACCCAAAAAACUUCUAAUUAUACUAAUUAAACUCCAAAAUCUAAUUAAAUAUAAAAUUAAUACUCAUAAAUCAAUACACCUAAGAUUAAUCAAAAGAAUGAGAAAAAAAAUGAGAGUAUGAUAGUAAAGAGAGAUAAAAAGAGUUAAUAACAAUUAUUAGAUACAACUUCUAGUGGAUUCCAAAAAUAGGUUGAAAAAGUCAGAAGAAAAGAACAUCUAAUGAUAUAAGAAAUAAAUUAUUAAGACUAAGGAAUUUAAGUUGAUAUGGAUCUUCAAUCAAUUCGUUUUAAAAAUAGUCCAAAUGUAUAAUUUAGAGAUAUUGAACAAAAUUCUCCAUAAUAAGAUAUUUUAGUAAUUAUGAGAGACGAUGGAGAUUCAAGAGCAUCUUCAGUCACAAAACGUAGGAGUAUCAGUCAAAACAAUAAGAAAUAACAAUUUAAUAUUCCAAAUUAAUUUAUCAAUAAUUAAAACCUUACAUUAUAUUAAGCAUCUAAAUAAAAAACAUAAAAUAGAACAAUUUACUCAGAAUAACACUAAAUUUAAUAAAAUGAAAAAUAAGGGCUAGGCUUCUUACCUUCUAGUCCAUAUAAUUUUUAUUAAGAAUUAUUUAAGGAGAAGUAAAAAUUGCAAUUGAAAAAUUACACAAUAAUUAAGGAUUAGGGAAUUCAGAUAUAUAAUGGUAAUAAAAGAAAAAUAGAACCAAGUAUUGAAGGUAAACAUCUAUAAAUUCCAAGUUAUUUAAAAUGA